AUGAGCCUCACGGCAGGUCAGGCUAGUGCUCGGUUCAGUGCUGCGGUGAGCGUGAGACCAGUGGUGCAGAUAGCAGGAGGACAUUGUUACCUGCUCGGGUUGACUUGCGCCAAGGAGCCCCACGGCAGGUCUGUCUGGUCCAUUGGCUGUGGUCUGGGCGGCAAGCUAGGCCACGGCACAAACAAGGAUGACUCGCACGGUUCACGUCGCAAGCUCCGUCCGGCUGUGAAAGCAUGCCACGUGGCAGCAGGGGAUUACACGACGUUUGUGGUGGGGGAGGGCGGCGAGGUGUGGUCGUUUGGGAGCGUGGAGAGCGCGUGUUUGGGGCAUGGGGGCGGGUGGGAGAGGGAGGAAGAGGAGGAAGGCGAAGAGAUCGAUGAUGUUGAUCUGCACGAUAUCGUGCUGCGGCAGCACCGGAGGCGCAACCGGGAUGUGAUGCAGCCCAGGCGGAUGUCUCUGAGCUGCUCAUUCCCCUGCUUCUCUUACCCCUCCUGCAUUCCCUCUCCCUUACACUGCCCACUUCCCCCACAUUCUCCCAGCUGCGGCAGCACCGGAGGCGCAACCGGGAUGUGA